GCUGCAGAGCUAGUGCAGUACCGCCAGGUGCGCUAGCGUCCUAACACUGUCAACACUCAACGGCCUUACGAGUGUUAAAUCCAAAAUAGAGUAGUUUUUAGUCAACCUUACAAUCCAGCAGCCAUGGCGGCUGAAACCGACAAGGUCGAACCUGCGGAUAGUGAACAAGACGAAGAGGAAGAUGUUUAUGAAGUGGAAAGGAUCAUAGACAUGCGGGUUGAAGAGGGUGAAGUGCUCUACAGAGUUCGUUGGAAGAAUUACUGCUCAGACGAUGAUACUUGGGAGCCGGAGGCUCAUUUAGAGGACUGUCGUGAAGUCCUUUUAGCUUUUAAGAAGCAACUGGCUGAUGCUAAAGUCAAGAAGGACGCAGAAUCCAAGAAGACUGUGAAGCUCCCUACAAAGAGCGACGUGUUCGAUGCCGACUCUGAGAGCGACAGCGACAAAGAACGGCCAACUGAAGCUCCCAUCAAGAAGAAAAAGAAAAAGAAGAAGAUCCGGGAAGAGGAAGAAGAGGAUGAACCCCCUCCAAAGGAGAAAAAGAAGAAAAAGAAAGAUAAACGUAGAGAGGAGCUGAGGCCGCUUCCAGCACCAGAAACAGAUGACGAAGAGGAGAGAGUCCCAACCCCACCUUCUCCUCCCAAGGAGAAAAAGACUGAACUAAAAAAGCACUUUGUUGACUCUGAUGAGGAUGAUGAAGAGCCUGUUCCCUCCAAAAAACAAAGGAAGGAAAAGGGAAAAGAGGGAGUAAAACACAAGAAAGACAAGGGAGAGGAGGGAAAGAAAAAGAAAGGGAAGAAGGAGCGGAAAAUAGAAACUUCUGAAGAUGAAGCCACUGCUCCUCUAGAAGAAGACCCAAGUGAUGGCCCAUCAGAGUCCCAAAUGGAGGAUUCUGGAUCAACAGAGACUGUGACAAAGCUAUGGGAAAAGGCCGGUUCGGAGGAAAAGUUCAAACAAAAGAAGGGGAAGUGGGAAGUAAAGUUGCAGGGUAUUAAGGACCUUAUCCAUGAUAAAAAGAGCAAAAAGCAAGAUGGCACCCUGAAAGAAACCAGCCUGCAAAAACCUAAGAGUAAUAAAAACAAGGAAGAUACAGCUCCACAAUCAGACUCAAGUGACAGCUCCAUCCUACAUAAAAAGGCAAAGAGCAAAGGGAAUGAGAGCGCAUCAGCACCACAAAAAGUCCCUUCUUCCUCCACAUCCUCAUCGUCAUCCUCAUCUUCCAUCGCAGCUGUGAGCACCACCAAGGCUAAGGAGGAGGAGGUGACUAAAGAGGAGGCGUUGGGGACAAAGGAUGCCAGCAGUUCAACUAACCUGUUUGAAAAGUUCCUGUUAAACUGCGAAGCCAAGGAUCGAGCCCCUCGGAGGCCAUCAGUUCAUCCACCUGUUGCAGAGAAGAGUAGCAAAAAGUUACUUGGAAAGAUUGAGAAGAUUUCCAAAACAGCAAAAGAGUCACCUGCUCAGAAACCAGAGCCCGACAAGGCAGAGAGGUCCAAACAGUCAGAAGUAACCAGACCUGGGCAGAGUCAUGGCUUCAGCUUAGACAUCGAAGAGCGGGAAGACGAAUCCACCGGAAAACUUCGGCCAGCAGAGGAUUCUAAGGAACGAAAGGACAGGCCAGUGGAGGCGCAGCGUCCAGGCUGGGAAAGGAAGACCCCAACAAAUGACAGGAGGAAGAGGAGAGAAGACAGUGAGCCCAGACUCUUCAUGGCAUGUGAUGACACCCCAGACCCACCAGAGGCCACAGACAAAUCUGAAAAGGGGCAAGCCACCUUGAGUCUAGGAAUAGACCUCAACCUGGAUUGGAUGACCUUGGAUGACUUUCAGAAGCAUCUCAGUGGAGAGAAUGAGAUCUUAUCUGGUCCACCUUUGUCACCCAGUGAGUUGCGAGAUGCUGUGAAAAGUGGAGAUUACAGGGCUGUUAAGUUGGCACUAAAUUCCAAAGAGGACUACAAUCUUGAGCAAGAGGCGUGUACUUUUGGUGAGAAGAGAUCAUUUGAAGGCGAAAGGAGCUUGAUUGAGGAGCGAAGUUCAAGUGGUACUCUUAAAUUCACAUCUGACAUUGAAAGUGCAAGAAAUGAAGACAGUACUUCCGAAGCAAACGAGAAUAUCCAACAAGAAUUGGAUUGGUCAAAGAGCAACAAUUCAAUGCCAAGCGACACUGCCAGUACAAAUACUAAGCAAGGGAUAGAGGGGAAACAUGAGAAUAUACAAGAAGGUGGGAACAAUAUAACUAAAUCCAAAAAUGCAGCGUGCGGUUCAUUCACCACUAAGGAAAGUCAAGGAGAGGAAAACCAGGAGGUAGCAGAGGAAGAGGAGGCAUCAGAUGACACCCAUGAUGUUUCAUCAACCAAAAUGAGCUCAAACACUAAUAAUUUAGAUGUAACUAGAAAGGCAGAAGAGAUGGUGGGAAAGCAAGAUGACCAAACAAAAAAAAGGGCCAUAGCUAAAAAACGCAGGUCUGCCAAACGAGGAAAGCUCGCACGUGGUGGGCGAAAGAACAUGGUGGCAGGUAAAUCAGAUGGCAAAGAUCAAGUCUCUUCUGAGUCAAGCACAAAAGAGAUGAUUAAAACACGAUUACGUCAACGCAAAAAAGUUAUGGAGAUCAAAUUACCAACACGAUCAAGUCUAAGGUACUGUAAAAAAGUACUUCAAGCAAAGGCCAGCAAUACAGAGGGAGAGAAGAAGGAAUCUUGCAAAAAACACUUCUGCUUGUAUUGCAAAAUGGCUUUUACCCAACUUGCCAAGCAUUUGGAAAAGAAGCAUGCAGAGGAAACAGAUGUUGCCCAUGCAAUACACUUUCCCAGAGGUUCCAAAGUUAGACAGACAUUGCUUGACCAAAUUCGCAAUAAAGGAGAUUAUGAACAUAAUUGCCAAGUUCUUAAAAGUGGUGAAGGAGAAAUUGUAACAAAGAAACAGGUGAAGAAACCAGCCAUAUCUGUUCGAGACUUCCUGCCUUGCCAGCACUGUUUUGCAUUUUAUCGCAAAACAGAUUUAUGGAGACACGAGCGGUCAUGUAAAGUUAGAAAGGGAGAUCAGAAAUCAUCUGAGAAGACCAAAAGAACUCGGAGUCACAAUGCCUCCUCCCCACUGCUUCCUAUGUCUGAGUUCUUAACUGCAAACUGUGAGGAGAUCAUCCACAUAAUGCACCAAGAUGAAAUCUCAAAGCAUAUUAGAAUUGACCCCCUUAUUUGUAAAUACGGCAAUACACUGUCUGCUAAAUAUGACCACGAUAAGUCUCAGUUUGCUUACAUUGCACAAAAGAUGAGGGAAUUAGGUAGAUUUGUGCUUGCAGUAAAUGAACUUGACAAGAGUGUGAAGUACUUGCAUGAAAUAUGUCUACCAUCCAGAUUUGAAUUAGCUGUUGAAGGGGUUAAAAAAGUUAGUGGAUUUGACCCAAGCUCUAGUAAGUUUAAAACCAUUUCUCUUGUCUCAAAGAUCGGUUACUCUUUAAAACGAGCUGCAGAGAUAGCUUUUGGAGAAAGUCGCAUGACAGAGGAUAGUGAAGCAGAAAGUGAGUUGAAAAAGUUUAUACAGCUCCUCGAUACUAAAUGGAGUGCGUCUUUUUCUCGCAAAGUUCUCACCCAGUCUGUAAAACAAGAAGUCAAGAAAGUGGAAAUAGACAAAUCAACUGUGACGGAAGAUCUAAUGAAACUCCACAAGUUUAUUACUGGGGAAGAGGAUGAAGCAAGAAAGGAGUUGAAAGAAAGUCCCAGCAUGUCAACAUGGAAAAAGCUAAGUGAAGCCACCUUAGCGGAUGUGUGUCUCUUCAACAGGGGAAGGGUAGGCAAUAUUGGCAGACUUCUUUUGCAAAAUUACACUCAAAAGAAGAGCAGCGGGGUAUUUACGCCCUCUGCAGAUCAAGUAAGGAAAAUAACUAAAUUGGAGAUGGACCUUGGUUCCAAUUUCACAAGAUUGGAACUAGAAGGCCAGUAUGGAAGGAACAUGCUUGUGCUGCUAACAGACAGAAUGGUUUUGUCAGUAGACUUGCUUGUUGAACACAGAGAGCAAACAGGUGUAUCAAAAACCAACCCAUACCUGUUUGCAAGGACUGAAGGUCCCUCCUUCAUCAGAGGAUUGGAUUGUUUCCGAAGGGCUGCAGUGGAAUGUGGAGUUAAAAACCCAGAAGCACUUCUGUCGUCAUCAUUAAGAGAGCAAAUUGCCAGCUGCUGGCAGCUAAUGAGCCUUGGUGAACCUCAGCUGGAUCUAGUGGCAAAGUUAUUGGGAUGGAGCAGUCAGGAAUGUUACAGACUCUCUCAAAAUGCAUCUCAGCUGGAGGAAGUGAGCAAACAGCUGUUAAAGAUGGAUCGAGCAUUGCCAUCAAGUCCACCGAGCACUGUAAAAGAUGGGACCGGACAGAAACCUGCUUUAAAAAGAAGGCCGUGGACUGACAAGGAACAAGCUGCUGUUAAACGUUACUUGAGUGAAUUUAUCACAAGGAUGAAGGUUCCAGGGAAAAAAGAAUGCAAUGCAUGCAUUGCUUCUGAGCCAGAUCUUGGAGGAAGAUCUUGGACAGAUGUAAAAAAUUAUGUACACAACACACUGCAGACAAUACGGAGGAGAAAUAACCAACAAAAGUCUGAUGGGAACGGAAAUGUUCUGAAUCCAAAGAGUCCAAAAGUUGAAGAUCAAACAACAAAGACAGACAUGGAGGACACUAGUGAUAUGUGUACUAUGACAACAGUGAAUCCAGAUCACCUUAGAGAAAGUUCAGACUGUUGUAUGACAGUGCCACCACCAACCAACUUGAGAGACUCUUCACCCUUCUCCCAAGAGAUGACCGCAAGUUUUGCAUCUUUUUGUUACUCUAGUACAAAUAUGGUCCAUACAAAUCAACAUUUGAUUUCAACCUAUUCGCCAUUGAACGCUACUGAUACUCAAGUGGUCCCUACAUUUACCCCACACAACACUACAAAUGCGCUAAUGCCUCCUGUUUACACUUCAGAAAACAACCAAAGUCUGACAAUGUCAUCUUUGUAUACACAGAAUGCCACAAGUAUGCUGCACCCCUCUGUGUAUACCCCGCAAGACACUACAAGUCCGCCAAUGAUUCCUUCUUAUACUACCUUUAAUGCCCCAAGUACCUCAAUGGUCCCAACAUAUACGCAGUUAAAUACCCCAAGUGCACCAAUUGUCUCUGCAUUCUCAACACUAAAUGACAGAAGUAGGCCUAUCAUGUCUUCAUUCACACCUCUAAACCAUUCAGAUGUCCCCACUUAUCACACAAGCCCAGCAAGGGUCCUUUCAACUGCACAGGUUGUCCCAUCAAUUCAUGGGCAUGGUGUUUCUGACAGAGCACCAAUGGUACAGGAAAGCACACCCAUGUCUUCAGCAGGAAAACAAACCACUCCAGGUGUCAAACCUCAAAAGAGAAACAAGAGGUUGUGGAGUGAGGAAGAACAAGCAGCAGUGAGGCGUCAGCUUGGAGACUUCUGUAAGCUAAUAAAAGUACCAGGAAAAAAGGAUUGUGAUGCGUGUUUAGCUGCUGAGCCUGCACUGAGCAGCAGAACAUGGAGAGAAAUCAAAUAUUUUGUACAUAACUCAAUCCAGUCACUAAAAAGAAGAGGUCAUGCUGUUGCCUGUAAACAGCCCACCAGUAGCCCACCAGAACCAGAGACUCAGACUUCAAACACUGACUGGGAUGGUCCAGUUUAUCUCUCCCUGUAAAAAGUCUUUAAGAAGCGUGAUCAGUGAGGAUUUUACACAGUUGUGGCUUUAACCUCAAAUCAAGUGUAGCUUCAAAAUUAAGCAGAUAUUGACUAUUUGUUGACUGUUGGUGAAGUUUGAUCUCAGUUGCGAUGUAGAUGAUUGCAUUUACAGACUGUCCUUCCAUUCUUCUAAUUAUACACGUCUCCAAAGUGUACUGUGUUUAAUAUCAAGUCCAGCGGACCAAGCUAUUUGUUGCAUGAAUAUACACUAAAUGGGUAGAAGAAAGGAUGUUUGUACUGUAGCUUUCGCCAGGCCAUCAGUGUAAAUAAGAAUUUCUUCUUAAUUACUUGCCUGGUUAAAUAAAUGUUAAAUAAAUAGGUGAAGCUUUUGUCUAGAUAAAGCAGAUUUGUUAUUAUAUGCUUGCAAAAACACUGGUCUUUUAGACCACCACUGAUUAUCGUUAUGAAAUGUUUCAAAUGAGAUAAAAAAAAAAAGAACAUUUUCUCUUGGAUUCACAGAUCAUUACCAGUCAUUAGCUAUGGAAAGUAGUAACUGUCACCUAGUCCAGCUUGAAAAUGAUGAAACUCAUGUCAGAGCAGCUUGAAAAUGGUAGAAAUGGCUUUUUUUUCACCAUUUUUCUGAACAAAAAUGGCCUCUUUGACUGCAAAUUUGCAGUAUUAUUUACUUGGAAACUAAUUUACAUUUCUGUAGUUUUUUUUUUUGUUUGUUUUUUUUUUUGUUGUUUUUUUUGCUCACACUGUUUUCAUUAGUAUUUCAUGUAAUUUAGUUUAAAUAGAAACUCUACCAGCAAAUCUUUGUAGCAGAUCCCUCAAACGUGAGAUGUGGGUUGACUUGCUUUGCGUCAUUCCCAAAUGCCAAACCCAAGUGUAUUAAAUAUAUAUAUUCUUGCUUUAGCCAGUAGCCUGUAUUGUAAGUAACCUGCAGAAGUAACCGUAUAUAUUUACUUUCUGACGCUACAGAAUAGGAAAGGAAGUUUCAGUUUUGGGAGGGUUUGUUUUUUUCAAUGUGUGGUUGUUUUCCCAUUCCCGUUCUCUCCAUUAAGGAUCCUGUUGAUUGUCAUACCGUCUUUUUUUCCCUAUUUGUUAUGAGAAGCAUUGUGUAAUACUACACAGUGAUAUUUUAGUAUUGUAUUUGGUUUACCCUAACUUGAGAUAAAUACACUGUAGCGUUCUCAUUUUUAUUACUUCAUUGUAAACUUUUAUAAUCUGGAUGUUAUUAAUAUCCAGUUUUCAAUCUCAUGUUGCCUUAUUAUGUGGAUUUUGUAUAUCUUUUUUUCUAACAGUUAAUGACAUCAAUUUAUGAUUCAACGAGAAAGAUGAUAAAAACAUUUUGUUUUUGAUAACCCAGUAGUAUAGUUUUUAUUUUUAUUUUAAAAGAAAGGUUAAUAGUUGUAACAAAGAUUGAAAUACUCGUCUUGAACAUACAAGACAUUAAAGAGAUGUAACUAUAGUAACUUUUAUUUAACAUGCAGCUUUAGUAUUAGAAGUAUUUCCCAUUUUAUUUUUGGUAGAACUUAAUGUUUGUAUAUUGUGAAGGAUUAAAUAUUAAGUAUUGGACAGAGGCUCAAUCUUCAUUUUUCCAAAAAAAAAAGCACUUCUUUGGUUUUGCAUCUGUUGGCUGAACUACUUCGUUUCAUUUUUAGUCCAAAAUGUUUUCUGUUUAUCACUCCUUUUCUGUUACACUGAAUAUUCAGAAAGUCAGAGGUAUCUUGAUGAGCUGCAUCUUUUCUACAAAGAAAAGAAGAUUUAGCAGCAUGCAGUCAAGUUUUCUUUGUGAUUAAAUGAAGAGGAAAUUAUUGUGAGGUGUGGAGAGCACUUGUCUUUGUCACUGAAGUAUUUGUUUGCCUCGGUAGCAGCUGUAGUAAAACUGUUUUGUACAACCGGUGUUCACCCUUUCAUACCAAAGUCAUUAGUGUCCAGCAUGCAUAAAAUCCCAACUGUGAAAAGUUCUGUAGAACCAGGUCAGAUAACCUAUUUAUACACAUUUCAAUAAUGGCAGAGGGUUUUGUUUUUUUCUGUGUUGCUGCUUUCCUGUAAAAGGAGGUGUAUACUGUUUGUGUUUCAGCAUGUACCACGUAUUUUUAUGUUUUGCAGUAUUUUUUUUUUUAUUAUUGCUACUGUAAAAGCACAUUUUGUUGUUUAUUCUGUUUGCUAUAUAUUGCCUUCAAAUAAUGCCUCCUAUCAAGUAUUGUAAAGAAUUUAACUUCAGCUUGUACAAAUAAAGCUUCUUGGCUUAA